CCCAGUGCCAAAAUGGGUGUUGCUGGAAUUCCUCUCUCCCUCUCCCGUAAUGAGGGGGCUGAGCUGUCCCUCCGAGGAGGGGGCACGGUGUGGAUAAAAGAGACGAAAAAUCAGGGGGAGGUUUCCAAAAAUAAAAGCCUCCGGUCCCCAUUCAGGAGGCUACAGUGACGGGGAGAAGGCGCGGAGGUGCGACAGCGGUGCCCACCCAGCUAGAGACGGAGCGCGGCCGCCGGGCUCAUUGCGCGCAGCCCCGGGCCGCCCCCGCAGCCUGGCCCUCGCUCCACGGAGAGCCUGGCCCGUAGUCUGAUUCGGGGCCCCCUAGACGGGGAGAGGCGGGCCACCGGGAGGGGACCGGAGCGCAGCCAGAGGGCGGCCGGGCGCACAGACUGCGAGCCCCGGGGCAGUUACCCGCCCGCGCCGCUUUCCGGGCGCCCCGGCGCCAUGAGGCCCCCAACCACCACCCGCUGCCCCAGGCGUCGGAACCCCUGGAGGAGCUUCUUGCCGCUCACCCUGGCUCUCUUCGUGGGCAUGGGUCAUGCUCAGAGGGACCCGGUGGGAAGAUACGAGCCGGCUGGAAGGGACGCGAGUCGGCUGCGGCGCCCCGGGGGCAGCCACCCCGCAGCGGCUACAGCCAAGGUGUACAGUCUGUUCCGGGAGCAGAACGUGCCCGUUCCGGGUUUGCCGCCCGCGGAGCGGACCCAACCUGGCUGGGGGAGCCCCAGCAGGCCCGCCGAGGCAGAGGCCAGGAGGCCGCCCCGCGCGCAGCAGCCGCGGCGAGUCCAACCACCUGCGCAGACCUGGAGAAGCCGGCCCCUGCGCCAGCAGCAGUCCGCACCCCGGGCCCGGGCCCCCCCGGCCCUCCCUCGCCUCGGGAGCGCGCAGCGGCCGCGGGCUGCACGAGGGCGGCUAACGGGGAGGAAUGUCUGCGGGGGACAGUGCUGCCCAGGAUGGACAACGGCAAACAGUACCAACCACUGUAUCAAACCCGUGUGCCAGCCGCCCUGCCAGAACAGGGGCUCCUGCAGCCGGCCCCAGCUCUGCGUGUGCCGCUCCGGCUUCCGCGGAGCCCGCUGUGAAGAGGUCAUUCCUGAGGAGGAAUUCGACCCCCAGAACUCCAGGCCGGCACCCCGACGCUCAGCCGAGGGGUCUCCCAACCUGCGCAGGAGCAGCGCGGCCAGAGAAAGCACCACAGCCAGAGCGCGGCCACCAGCACCACAGCGGCCGCUGGCCAGGACCCUGAGUGGGCUCAGCCAAACACAUGCCACCCAGCAGCACGUGGGGCUGUCCCAGACUGUCCGACUUUAUCUGGCCACUGCGGCCAAUGGCCAGCUGACCUCCAAUGCCCUGCCCAUGGGGCCAGGCCCUGAGCGGAAGCAUGGUGCCCAGCAGGCAGCAUAUCUGGACCAUCCGUCAUCCUCCUGGGGGCUGAAUCUCACGGAGAAAAUCAAGAAGAUCAAGAUCGUCUUCACUCCCACCAUCUGCAAGCAGACCUGUGCCCACGGGCGCUGUGCCAGCAGCUGCGAGCGUGGCGACACCACCACCCUGUACAGCCAGAGCGGCCACGGGCAUGACCCCAAGUCUGGUUUCCGAAUCUAUUUCUGCCAGAUCCCCUGCCUGAAUGGAGGCCGCUGCAUUGGUAGGGACGAAUGCUGGUGCCCCACCAACUCCACUGGGAAGUUCUGCCACCUGCCCUCCCCCAAUCUGGACAAGGAGCCUCCAGAGAAGGGGGUCCACCACAGGGCCUCGCCACCGGGCCCCUUGAAGCAGUCCACCUUCACACUGCCUCUCUCCAACCAGCUGGCCUCUGCGAACCCCUCCUUGGUGAAGGUGCACAUCCACCACCCGCCUGAGGCCUCCGUGCAGGUCCACCAGGUGGCUCGGGUACGGGGCGAGGUCGAGGAGGCCCCAGAGGAGAACAGCGUGGAGACCAGACCCUCGCCCUGGCUCCCCGCCAGCCCCGGCCAUGGCCACUGGGACAGCAACAGCAUCCCGGCUCGGUCUGGAGAGGUUCCUCGGCCACCACCCCUAGUGGUGCCCAGGCCUCCGGCACUGCUGGGCCGGUGCUACCUGAGUGCUGUGAACGGACAGUGUGCCAACCCCCUGCUGGAGCUGACUGCCCAAGAGGACUGCUGUGGCAGUGUGGGAGCCUUCUGGGGAGUGACCUCCUGUGCCCCAUGUCCACCCAGACCAGCCUCGCCAGUGAUUGAAAAUGGCCAGCUGGAGUGUCCCCAGGGGUACAAGAGACUGAACCUCACUCACUGCCAAGAUAUCAACGAGUGCCUGACCCUGGGCCUGUGCGAGGACUCGGAGUGCGUGAACACCAGGGGCAGCUACCUGUGCACCUGCAGACCCGGCCUCCUGCUGGAUCCGUCCAGGAGUCGCUGUGUGUCGGACAAGGCCGUCUCCAUGCAGCAGGGGCUGUGCUACCGGUUGCUGGGGCCCGGCACCUGCACCCUGCCUUUGGCCCAGCGGAUCACCAAGCAGAUAUGCUGCUGCAGCCGAGUGGGCAAAGCCUGGGGCAGCAAGUGUGAGAACUGCCCCCUGCCUGGCACAGAGGCCUUCAGGGAGAUCUGCCCUGCCGGCCACGGCUACACCUACUCAAGCUCAGACAUCCGUCUGUCCAUGAGGAAAGCCGAGCAAGAGGAACUGACCAGGCCCUCGAGGGAGCAGGGGCGGAAGGGCAAUGGGACCCUGCCCAGGCCAGCAGAGAGGCAACCACUCCGGGAGGCCACCGGCACCUGGCUGGAGGCCGGGACCAUCCCUGACAAAGGUGACUCUCAGGCUGGCCAGGUCACAACCAGUGUUACCCAGCUAUCUGCCUGGGUCCCAGGAGAUGCCAUAGGAACAACACCGCCACUGCCUGGACAGGGGAGCCCAGAGGCCCGGGAAGAAGAGCAAGUGACCGCCCCCACCGAUGUGCUGGUGACCCCGGCCCCGUCAGGCAUUGACAGAUGUGCUGCUGGAGCCACCAACAUCUGUGGCCCGGGAACCUGUGUGAACCUCCCUGAUGGAUACAGAUGCAUCUGCAGCCCCGGCUACCGGCUGCACCCCAGCCAGGCCUACUGCACAGAUGACGAUGAGUGUCUGAGGGACCCCUGCAAGGGAAGGGGGCACUGUGUCAACCGUGUGGGCUCCUACUCCUGCUUCUGCUACCCUGGCUACACGCUGGCCACCUCGGGGGCCACACAGGAAUGCCAAGACAUAGACGAGUGUGAGCAGCCCGAGGUGUGCAGCGGGGGGCGGUGCACCAACACGGAGGGUUCCUACCACUGCGAGUGUGACCAGGGCUACGUGAUGGUCAGAAAGGGACAUUGCCAAGAUAUCAACGAAUGCCAUCACCCUGGCACCUGCCCUGACGGGAGAUGCGUCAACUCCCCCGGCUCGUACACUUGCCUGCCCUGCGAGGAGGGCUACAGGGGCCAGAGUGGGAGCUGUGUAGAUGUGAAUGAGUGUCUGACCCCUGGGGUCUGCACCCAUGGAACAUGCAUCAACCUGGAGGGCUCCUUUAGAUGCUCUUGUGAGCCAGGCUACGAGGUCACCUCAGACGAGAAGGGCUGCCAAGAUGUUGACGAGUGUGCCAGCCGGGCCUCGUGCCCCGCGGGCCUCUGCCUCAACACGGAGGGCUCCUUCACCUGCUCGGCCUGCGAGAGUGGGUACUGGGUGAACAAGGACGGCACCGCCUGCGAAGAUGUGGAUGAGUGUGAAGACCCCCAGAGCAGCUGCCUGGGAGGCGAGUGCAAGAACACGGCUGGCUCCUACCAGUGCCUCUGUCCCCCGGGCUUCCAGCUGGCCAAUGGCACCGCGUGUGAGGACGUGGACGAGUGCGUGGGAGAGGAGUACUGCGCACCGCGCGGCGAGUGUCUCAACAGCCACGGGUCCUUUUUCUGUCUCUGCGCCCCCGGCUUUGCCAGCGCAGAGGGGGGCGCCAGCUGCCAGGAUGUGGACGAGUGUGCAGUCACUGACCGGUGUCUCGGGGGGCAAUGUGUCAACACUGAGGGCUCCUUCAACUGUCUGUGCAAGACUGGCUUCCAGCCCUCCCCAGAGAGCGGGGAGUGUGUGGACACUGAUGAGUGUGAGGACUUCGGAGACUCGGCGUGUGGGGCCUGGAGGUGUGAGAACAGCCCCGGCUCCUACCGCUGUGUCCCGGGCUGCCAGCCCGGCUAUCACGUGGCCCCGACUGGAGACUGCGCUGACAUAGACGAGUGUGCCAACGACACCAUGUGUGGGAGCCACGGCUUCUGCGACAACACCGACGGCUCCUUCCGCUGCCUCUGUGACCAGGGCUUCGAGACCUCGCCCUCCGGCUGGGACUGCGUUGACGUGAAUGAGUGCGAGCUCAUGCUGGCGGUGUGCGGGGCGGCACUCUGCGAGAACGUGGAGGGCUCCUUCCUGUGCCUCUGCGCCAGCGACCUGGAGGAGUACGACGCUCAGGAGGGGCGCUGCCGGCCGCGGGUGGCUGGAGGUCAGAGGAUCCCUGAGGCCCCGCCAGGGGAACAGCCCCCAGGCCCCAUCCGCAUGGGGUGCUACUCUGGGCAAAAGGGCCAGCCGCCCUGCGCCAGCCUUCUGGGCCGGAACACCACGCAGGCCGAGUGCUGCUGCACCCAGGGCACCGGCUGGGGAGACGCCUGUGAGCUGUGCCCAGCCGAGGACUCAGUCGAAUUCAGCGAGAUCUGCCCUAGUGGGAAAGGCUACAUCCCUGUGGAAGGAGCCUGGAUGUUUGGACAGACCACAUACACAGAUGCCGACGAGUGUGUGAUGUUUGGGCCCGGUCUCUGCCAGAACGGCCGGUGCCUCAACACGGUGCCUGGCUACAUCUGCCUGUGCGAUCCUGGCUACCACUACGACGCUGCCCGCAGGAAGUGUGAGGAUCACGACGAGUGCCAGGACAUGGCCUGUGAGAAUGGUGGGUGUAUGAACACAGAAGGCUCUUUCCACUGCUUCUGCAGCCCGCCCCUCACCCUGGACCUCAGCCAGCAGCGUUGCGUGAACAGCACCAGCGGUGUGGAGGACCUGCCUGACCAUGACAUCCACACGGACAUCUGCUGGAAAAAAGUCACCAAUUACGUGUGCAGCCAUCCCCUGCACGGGCGCCACACCACCUACACUGAGUGCUGCUGCCAGGACGGCGAGGCCUGGAGCCAGCAGUGUGCUCUGUGCCCCCCCAGGAGCUCUGAGGUCUACGCGCAGCUGUGCAACGUGGCCCGCAUUGAAGCGGAGCGGGAGGCCGGGGUCCACUUCCGGCCCGGCUAUGAGUAUGGCCCGGGGCCCGAGGACCUGCACUACAGCCUCUAUGGCCCAGACGGGGUCCCCUUCUACAACUACCUAGGCCCCGAGGACACCAUCCCCGAGCCGCUCUUCCCCAACAUAGCCAGCCGCCCAGGGGACCGCACACCGGUCCUUGAGCCUCCCCUGCAGCCCUCAGAACUCCAGCCCCACUACGUGGCCAGCCAUCCAGGUCUGUGUUGCUGCAAAAAUGGGGAAGAGGUGGGCUCUGAAGCUGUUUCACUUCCAUCUCCUCCAUGUGCUCAUCACUGUCAGCAGGAGCACCAGGCCGGCUUUGAAGGGCUUCAGGCAGAGGAGUGCGGCAUCCUGAACGGCUGUGAGAAUGGCCGCUGCGUGCGCGUGCAGGAGGGCUACACCUGUGACUGCUUCGAGGGCUUCCAGCUGGACAUGGCCAACAUGGCCUGUGUGGAUGUGAAUGAAUGUGAUGACUUGAACGGGCCUGCAGCACUCUGUGUCCAUGGUCACUGCGAGAACACGGAGGGCUCCUACCGCUGCCACUGCCCCCCAGGUUAUGUUGCCGAGGCAGGCCCCCCACGCUGCACCGCCAAGGAGUAGCAGCGAGGGGUCAGUGCAGGCAGUUACCUGGAAAUGGGCCCUGGCCACAGGCGGGGCCUUGAGGAAGCUUUCCUAGUUGGGGAGACGACAUGAAGACACCGGGCAGCAGGCCCUGCAGCCAGCUCCCAGCCAGCCUCACCUGCUUUUCAUCUCCCCCAGCUUCAGCUCUGGCUGUGAGCUUCUGUCACCAACUCCACACCGCCAUGCCCUUGCUUGGCUCAAACACCACCAAAUGCUUUAAUGCUUCAACCACUGGCCGUGAGGCCCAGUCUGCCAUCUGUCCUGGCCUUGCUAUGGGAUGCUUACCAAAGGAUGGCCCUGAACCAGCCCCUCAAGCUGUGCAAACAUGCAAGGUCCUUCGGCCUCACACUGCACACACCCUUUUCCAGCCAUGAUCCACGUAUCAUCCUGAUGAUUCCACACCUGGAUCAGAGGCUACAUCUGCCCUGGGAUGGUCCUUCAGAAUCUAUCAAGCCGAAAAGGAUUGGGGGGAGUUUGGGGAGUGACUCCAAUGCCUCCUCCCAAGAACCAUCACCACCACUCAGCCAAUCUGGUCUGGGCCAGUUGUGCCACAUCUCCACCCUGUUGCCAGUUCUGUGGCCCCGGGGAAGGGCAGAAGAUCCCCUCAUCUCAGAGAAGCAAGACUGAUACUAUAUUGCUAGUAAGAGACACAGAUGAAAGGGAGCAAGGAGCCUGAGAAAGCAGCAAAAAGGCAAUGUAAAAAAAUAUGGGGAGUUGAUAAAAAAAAGGGGGAGUCAGGGCUUUAUACAAGUCUAAAGAAAAUAUUCAGUAGCUUCAGGUAAAUAAACAUUCAGAAUCUACCCAGCAAUAGCUCCUGUACACCACAGCAGGGGCUGCCACAAAGCAGGGUGCCCACCUCCGAAGACCUCUGUUAAAUACAUACUGCUUCUUACAGGAAGCAAAUCUCUCCUGGGCUCUCCUUUUGUGGACACCAGUUUGAUGUGCUAAAAAUAAAGAGGUCUAUUUUCUAGCUUAUGAAAUACAGUGUAAUCUUGUUUAGGGGAAGCGAGAUUUCCUAUGUUGUUUCUUCUCUCUACUCAGAGGCCUCUGUCCUCUUGCCCUUCAUAAAACGGCUGGCUGGCAUCCCACUGAGUUUACAAGUAGAGACUCACUCCAACCUUGGCUAGCUGGGAGUUUAAAACCACGGUGGAAUAAAGAAAUGUACAUCUGG